UCCAGUCCAGGAGCAAAGGGGCAGCAGAGCAGCCAACACUCUCCAUCAGGCACAGGGGACUGCAUGCUGCAGAUGCCACACUCUCAGCAGCAGCACUGAAACUAGUCCACACCUGGUCACCUGUACUUCCCAGUGGCUAUUGUUUGCAGGCAGCACAUUGCACCAUGUAACUGUAUGCUUCCUUCCUCCAGGAUGCAGCUCAUUGCUACUUUCUACUACUGAUCAGCUGGGAUAUGCGAGGACCCAGACUGACACUGGGGCCACUCAGGACUGCAACUUUGUGAUACACCCCCAACAUGAACACACCGGUUUGAUACAUGUGUCCCUCUUUGAGAAGCACAGUAUGUCACCCUCAAUCACCAUCUGGCCGGAGGAUAGGGCAGUGGAACCAGGCUCCUUGCUGCAGAUGAAGCACUGAUCCUUCCUAUCAGUCUCUUUUGGGGGAAGACAUUUUUAUGAAAUACAGAAAUAGUUGUUACCUGUAGCUGCAAAUGGGAAUUUGGAACAAUUUUGAAGCAGAUACAAAAAUAAUUGUGUUUGACUGGAAUAAAAUUCUUGGAAAGCCCCUAAGGAUGAGAUUCUAUGCCAAAUCAAUGCUCCUGACUCACUGGCUCAUUUUGGCCUAUGUCUUAAUGGUGUGCUGUAAACUGUUGUCAGCCUCGAGCCUCCAUUCCCGAGGGCAAACAGUGCAUCAUCAGGUCAAGCAAGGAACGUGUGAGGUUGUUGCAGUUCAUCGGUGCUGCAAUAAAAAUCGCAUUGAGGAGAGAUCGCAGACUGUGAAAUGCUCGUGCUUCCCAGGGCAGGUAGCUGGCACUACCAGGGCACGGCCGUCUUGUGUGGAAGCAUCCAUCGUCAUCCAGAAGUGGUGGUGUCACAUGCAGCCAUGUAUGGAAUGGGAGGAUUGUAAAGUUUUGCCGGAUCUUACAGGCUGGUCCUGCAGCAGCGGAAACAAAAUCAAAACAACAAAGGUAACACGGUAGCAGACGGAUAUGCUGACGCCAUAGCAGAAGAAAUUGUAGCGCCUCAUGGACAAUAUAUGCACUCAGUUCCCUUUGUGGACUUAAAGACUUAACUUUUUAGGAAUUGUGCUGAAAAAGGAAAAAAAACAAUUGGUUCACCUUAUUUUUUUGCAGUUGAUCCAACUAUCCACAGAAGCUUUAAAAAAAAAAAAAAAAAAAAAAACGAUGACAGUUGAUCAAUAUAAUUCCUGCUGCAGGCAAUGACUUUCAUUUGUAUUGAUAAUAAAGAACCACCUGGGCGGCACCUCUGGAUAAAAUUUAUCUCAUAAAAACAUGUGAUGAUAGCUUGGAGUGUGGAAUCGUAAGGAGAAAGCUGAGAAAUAAACAAAUUCACGCUUUUCACUCUGUUUGCUGAUGAUGUCUCAGCGAACCAACUUUGUAAAGUACUGGAAGGCUGCCGGAGGACAUUGUUCCAACACUCUAUCACACAAAGAGAGAGAUCAUUUUCAAAAUGCAAAGUGGAGUUCUACAGUGCAUAUUGCGCCCCACAAAUUACACAAGUGUACCUAGAUUUUCGGUUUGUCACAUUGGUUUGCUAAACAAAACACCAGCAUAUGCAGCGAUACCAAGAUUUGGAAAGGCAGGGGGAGGAGAUUUGAGUGGAGUAGGACCAAGUGAUGUCCAUCCCAGUAAAGUACAGCAGAGGCAAUAUCUAAGGCUUAAUUGACCAGUUUAUCAAGAAAAAAAUUGAAGGUUUAUUCAAUUAAAGGUAUAGUACUGGAUGGGUAGUAUGAUGUUGAGCUUUGAUGCAGAACUUAAUUAAGACCCCAUGUGGUGAUAGGCAAGAACCAGUUUUGGGCCCCUUUCUCCACCAAGGUUGGAGCAUAGGUUGCAUAGUUGAUGAUGUAGCCCAGCUUUAAUGUGGUGUUUACCCAACACCUCCUAAAUAUUUUUCCGUACCUCCCUCGACCAAUGAGGUGCACUUUGUAAAUGACCUCCAGAGAGGAGGCAAACAUUUUGUAGGCUGGUUCAAUAUUCAUUAAGUAUGCAGCUUAUCAAUUCACUAUUUACUAGUGACAUCAAUAAGGCGUGAGGCGUGUUGUGAAUAUUGUUUCGUCACACAAAAUAUCUGGCUCUAUUUAUACAGGUAGCUGGUGCACUUUAAUUAAAGGGUUAGAAUGGCAAUGGUCACAUGACUGAUAGCGGCAUUCUGACAUUUAGCAUCCCAACAUGACGGACGUGAGUAUACUAACCCUCUCCCAGCCCUAACCCUCCCUUCCCACAACCUAACCCUAACCCUCCCUUCCCGCAGCCCAACCCUAACCCUUCCCCCGCAGCCUAACCCUGACCCUUCCUAUCAUAGUUACGUUCGGGAUGUUGGUUGUCUGAGUCCAGUGUCACGGUUUUGACGGGUGUCGGUAUUCCGGUGCCAGUAUUUUGACUGCCGCCAUUUCAAACAUCGGGAUGCCACGUACAUCCCUAAUUAAACAUAAGAGUGUUUCUGAUGGCUGUAAAGUAGGUAGGUUUGACAGACUUUAUUUUUACUUUACUUUAUUUUCACUAUUAUUCAAUGGUUUGUAAUGUUUCCUUUGUAUUGUUUUUAGACAACACAAUACUUUGGUAUCCAGUUAAACAGAUUACACCAUUUACACCAUUUCAUUUACUAUAUUUAGAUUUUAGGCCGGAUGUAAUGCCGACCGAGUUUGGCGGCCAUGCGGGAUGUCGGACGAACUUGGAUGUUUUUUUUAAAGGGGCAAUCACUUACAAAAGAAAUUUGAAACCAAGGUUUUAACAGGAAGCGCUGUCCAGUCUAAUUAGCUAAAUUAAUAACAAUAUUUAUUUAUACACACAUAACAUAUAUGGCCAUAUAGCACACAUAAAAAUAACAGGGUAAAAAUAAGAUUUUAAACCUA